UGAUGCCAUAGUUGCUCCACCUGCCAGAGAGUGAUCUCCGUCCACCACAGCAGCCAUGUUUGAGGGGAAAGGUGAAGGCCGGACCAGCCUUCCGGGGUCCUCGGCUUUGGUGUUUCUGUGAGGUUUAAUUCUGGAUCCUGGGCUGAGGAAGUGGCUCUCUUCGUGAAGAAGUUCUUGUAGAGGUACAAAGGAAGUGCCGGGCAAAAUGGAGAACCAGAAAAAAUCGGGCUAACAUAUCCCUGUAAUUUCUCCCCCCAGAGGAGAGCACCCGCUCCACCCUGUCCUCAGACUCCUGUGAGUACUACCAGACGGAGAUAUUUGACCAGCUGCCCAGUGUCCAGGCCUCCCGACCGGAGCAGAGCAGAACCAGCCCUUUGGAGCCCCGCGGGCCCCAUGAGGCCCACCCGGGAGGCCCCGGGCCAGAGGGGGGGGGCCCAGGCCCCAGACUAGGACCCAGAGAUAAGGCCUCGGUGCAGCCGCUCAGAAACCUGCCGAUGUGCCUACAGGGGAAGAGGGCGGCCAGGGAGAGGAGGAAGAUGCAAAUAAGCAACAUUGGGUUUUGGGAGUCCUGGAGGCGGAGCCAGAGCAUCCACAGGAAGAGGGUCUGGGCCCAGGUGGGCGGGGCUCUGUCCGGGCUGUUGCCAUGGCAAAACACACUCCGCAAAAUCGAAGGCAGGUUCGGAGUGGGUGUGAAGGCCUAUUUCGUCUUCCUCAGAUACCUGAUCUACUUGAACCUGCUGCACUGUUUUUUGAUCUGCGGGUUCAUCCUGGUGCCCACGGGAGUUUACAGCAGAGCUUUUAGAGAGCCGCUGAGAUUCGGAGGAAAUGACUCGGUUCUGGACUUCGUCCUGGGAACGCACACCUGGACGAUCGGGAAGCGCCACAGCAUGAACGUGAGCUUUAAGAUCUUCUGUGGUUGGGACUUCACCAUCCAGGACCCGGCGGCCGCCCAGCUGAAGAAAAGCUUCGUCAGAAAUGACCUCAAGCUGUUUUUGGAGGAGCAGAGCUUCUCCCUGAGGAAGGCCCAGAGGACUCUGGGGCAGAAGCUGCGUCUCUACCUGCUCAGGUUCAUCCUCAACCUGGUGGUUCUGUCUCUGCUGGGUGGAGCCUUUUACCUCAUCUACUUCUCCACCAUUAGGUCCCGCGGCGAGAACAUCUCUAGCUUCCACUGGUUGGUGGGUUUGGUCCUCCAAUAUCUUCCUCCUAUGACCAUCAGCUUCGUAAACAUCAUCCUUCCUCACAUGUUCCGUAAAAUUUCCUCUUUUGAGGAUUAUUCGCUUACUGUACAAGUGAACGCCACUCUGGUGAGGAGCAUCUUCUUGAAGCUGGCCUCUCUGGGGAUCUAUCUAUCUUUCCUCUUCUUAAGCCCUCCUAAGACAUGCAGGGAAAACCAGUUUGGCAGAGAGAUGUACAAGCUGUGUGUCUUCAACUUCCUCGCCACCUUCUGCAACGCCUUUCUCUUUAACUACCCCAGGAAGCUUUUGCAGGAAGCGCGCCCGACCUCUUUACUGGCUCGACUAUCAGGGAAGCAACACUUUUUGAUCCCCUUCAACGUGCUGGACCUCGUUUACGGUCAGACCGUGUCUUGGGUGGGAGUCCACUACUGCCCCCUGCUGCCCCUGAUAGGAACGCGGAUGUUUCGAGCCUCCAGCUCCUCGGUUUUGUUCCACUUAAUGCUGCUUCUGGGUCUCCUGAUGGCUGCCACCGCGCUGGGCUUCAACCUCUACCAGCAAGAGCACAGCAAAGAGUUUUCCUGCGGCCCGUUUGGAGGCGGAGAGUCUGUGUUUGAGGUGGUGAGGGUCUGUGUGAGGAGUCUCCCCGGUCCGGCGCAGACGGCCGUCCGAUAUCUGACCUCCGAGGCCUUCGCCCUCCCCCUCCUAUUGGCUGAGGUCAUCGUCUUGACUUCAUACGUGUCCCGGCAGCGUGCCAAUCAGAGAGCCAUCGACAGGCUGAAGGACAUGCUGAGCAGCUCAGAUAAGCGUUUCCUGGUGAAGCAGCACACCACUCUGCUGAGAGACCGGAGGAACCGGAGCCGAGGCCGAUCGGCCGCAGCCCAGCCGGACGCCCAUCAGCGGCUUUAAACGCAGCGCCAGACUUCAGUUUCAGACCGAAACCACCAAAAACCGAGAAGUGGGACUGAUAAGAUCUCCCUCUUACAGGAUGAAUGACAGAUUAAAAACAACUCACUGUAAAAAACUCCCUCCAGUAUUAAUGUGCAGAAGAUAUUAUGCAAUUUGUUGCUUUUGUGUGGCUGAUAAGUAUUUAGGCUCUCUAAGAUAACACAAUUUAUAAGCAUUUUUUACAUUUGGAAUACAUGUGUGCAUCAGUAAUUUUAUACAACCGAUGAUACAGGUGUGAAAAUGUAAAAGUUUCCGUUCUGAAUUGACUGUGAAUGUAUGACAGAUUAAAAUGAAUGACCGAUUAAAAAAAAACUCACUGUAAAAAACUCCCUCCAGUAUUAAUGUGCAGAAGAUAUUAUGCAUUUAGUUGCUUUUGGCUGUCUAAGUCUAUAAAGCUAACACAAUUUAUAAGCAUU